CUAGUAAUAUAAUUGAGCAUGGAAGUAGGAAAGCCUGAAGUCACCUUUGUCCUUGGAGGACCAGGAAGUGGAAAAGGAACCCAAUGUGGAAAGCUUGUUGAAAAACAUGGGUUCAUACAUCUUUCUGCAGGAGAUUUAUUAAGAGAAGAGAGAAAUUCUGGGUCUAAAGAUGCAGAACUGAUCAAUGAGUAUAUCAAAGAAGGAAAGAUCGUCCCUGUUGAAAUCACUUGUAAUCUACUCAAAAAGGCAAUGGAAGCCAAUGGAUGGGAUAAGUCCAGAUUCCUCAUUGAUGGAUUCCCAAGAAGCCAGGAUAACCUUGAUGGCUGGAAUGAGGUCAUGGGAGAUGUAGUCAAUGUAUCUACUUGUCUCUAUCUUAAUACUUCUGAAGAUAUCAUGACUGAAAGAAUUCUCAAGAGGGCAGAAACUAGUGGAAGAGUUGAUGAUAAUGAAGAAGCAGUCAAGAAAAGGCUUUCAACAUAUCUUGAGUCAACCAUUCCAAUAAUUAAGCAUUUUGAGGAACUCGGAAAGACAGUUGAAGUUGAUAGUACUGGAGAGAUAGAAGAUAUAUUCUCUACAAUUGAGACCUCAAUGAAGCUGGUUGAAGAAUAAUCAAAUUCUUUUUGACAUAUUUCAAUA